AUGUCGAUGUCAAAGAGCUCGAAGAUGCUCCAAUAUAUUAACUAUCGGAUGCGUGUGACCAUCCAAGAUGGCCGGCAGCUGGUAGGGAAAUUCAUGGCCUUUGAUCGCCACAUGAACCUUGUACUUGGUGAUUGUGAGGAGUUCCGCAAGCUCCCACCAGCAAAGGGCAAGAAGAAUAACGAGGAGCGUGAGGACCGCCGUACUCUUGGCCUUGUUCUUCUUCGUGGUGAAGAGGUCAUCUCCAUGACUGUUGAGGGUCCUCCUCCUCCUGAAGAGUCUCGUGCCAAGGCUGUCUCUGCUGCAGCUGUUGCUGGUCCUGGUCUUGGCCGUGCUGCUGGCCGUGGAAUUCCUACUGCUCCUCUUGUUCAGGCCCAGCCUGGCCUUUCGGGUCCUGUCCGUGGUGUUGGUGGACCUUCCCCUGGCAUGAUGCAGCCACAACUCAUGCGUCCGCCAGUCCCACAACUUUCUGCUCCACCCAUGACUUACCCUGCUUCAAGUGCUCCGCCACCGGGUGGUGCUCCUGUGGUCCGGCCACCUGGCCAAAUGCCUCCUGGGCCAUAUCCUGGUCAGGGUCCACCAAUGGGUCGAGGUCCACCUCCACCAGGUCCACCUCAAUUUGCUGGCAGGCCCCCGCAGGGGUUCCCAAUGCCACCACAGUUUGCCCAGAGACCUAUGGGAGUGCCACCCCAGGGACAGGCACCAAUGAUGAGAGGACCACCUGCUCCACCAAGACCUGGAAUGCCAGCACCACCUCCACCCCGUCCUGGGAUGCCACCUCCACCUGGUGGUCAUGUUCCUGUUUAUGGACCACCUCGUCCGGGUAUGCCACCUCCUCCCAAUGCCCAACAACAGCAGAAUCAGCAACAAUAG